AUGAAACAAAAAAAUAAACCGGCCAAAAGAUUAAACAAAUUGAAAAGUACUGAUUCAACAACUACUGAAGAAAUUUCAAUGAGCGUACACAGUGAUAGUGAUUUAUAUGACGUCUAUCUUGAACAAAUUGAAAAUUUAAAUGACAUGGACCUCGAACAGACAGAUCUAGAUAUUUUCGAUCUCGAAGAUGAUGAGUUGGUAAAGAGAAAUAAUGAUGAGAAGGAAGCCGAAAUAUUUAAUGACUUUGGCGAGUCGGGGAGGCGCGAGGAGGGUUGGGGGUGGCCCGCGCAUAGCUGGGUGGAACAGACACAGAAUGACACAGAUAACAAAACAGAAAUUAAGACGAGCUUGAAUGAAUGUGGAUACUCAGAAAUUCUUCUGAGAAUUGAAGUAACAGAUGAGGACAAGACUGAAGAAGAAUUACAGAUUGAAGAAGAAUGCAAAUAA